AUAAUCAAUUAAAAAGUGUUACUUAAAUACUUCGUUUUUCAUGUGAUUAAUUAUUCACAUAUGUCCGAUAACCACCAUCAUUAAAUUACGUUCUAUCUAUUGUCAUAACUUGACAUUUACAAGUACACAGUCCCAUUUAGUCUUAUAACGCGUCACGUGUGUCGUUCACCUAUUAUUUAUUUUAAUUUCACAGUAAUGUAAAGAGGAAGUUCCCAAUAAGUUACGUGUGAUAUUGAUGUUUAAACAACACCAUUUCAGAUGAAAUCAAAGUUAAAUCUGGUAAUAAAGAGGCCAUAUUAUGAACAUAAAUCAUCAAUCAAUAUGGACACACGUACGGAUUCAAAUUUUAUUAUUAUAUACCAACUUUUAUGACAACUAGAUCAAUGCUUUUCUUUCGGUGUUGGGGAAAUUGAUCUUUCCACGCUAUUAAAUGAAAAACAAUUUAUUUACUUAUUAAUUUUAUUAUUACAAUUAUUAUUUUACUUGUGUAAAAAAUAAAUUAGCAUGUAUAACACAUUUAACAACUAAACAUAUAGCACCUACGCGACGUUAGAUAUGGGGGUUGCUAAGAAAAAUAAAACAGUGGUUAGAAAAAGCCCUAGGCAGCAUCAAUGUAAAUAUUGUUACAAGGUUUUCCCAUUUCCAAAUGUAUUAAAAAAGCAUUAUAGGGUUCAUACGGGUGAACGACCGUAUGAAUGUGAUUUAUGUGGAAAUAGAUUUACACACCAAAAUACUCUAAAAAAUCACAAAUUAUGCAUUCACAAUUGUGGUCGAGAAGAAGAUUUUACCUGUGGUCAUUGUGACAAAAAGUUUCCAAUCAAGGAACGACUUAUUGAACAUGUGCGCAUUCAUACUGGAUAUUUUCCACACAGAUGUGACAAAUGUUUAAAAUCCUUCACACGAGCCAGUCAAUUAUGGCAACAUGCGCGCUCUCAUAACAAACAAUAUACAUUAGAAUGUGCAAUAUGUCAUCAAUUAUUCGCUUGUCGUUCAGUUCUACGUGGCCAUAUGAAACGGCAUAUGGGACAAAAUGAUUAUGUAUGUGAAGUAUGUGGCAAAGCAUUUUUACGUAGGGAUGGUCUUACUAAACAUCUAUCUAGCUAUCAUAAUAAUAUCCGAGCAUUUACAUGUAAAAUUUGCAAUAAACAAUUUAAAGGACAUAUGAUCCAACAUUUGAGGACACAUAGGCAUGAAAAGCCUUAUGAAUGCAAGAGCUGUGAUGCUCGUUUUGUACAACGUUCACAACUGACAGUACAUGAAAGAAGACAUAGUGGAGAAAAGCCAUAUCCAUGUCCAGUUUGUAAAGUUUCCUUUGCACAUUCAACUGCUAUGAAAAUGCAUGUAAGACGUCAUACUGGAGAAAAACCAUUUAAAUGUCUGGUUUGUACCAGUACAGCCUUUACACAAUUACCACAUUUAAAAAAACAUAUGUUAACUAUACAUAAAACAGACAAACCAUACCUGUGUGUAAAAUGUAAUUCAUAUUUUAAAACAAAAACUCAGAUAAUAACUCAUGAAGAAACUUGUUCACCCAAACAAGAAUCAAAAGAAUUUAUUCCCCCAGGUAUGGCUUUAGAUCGGAUGCGCAUGUUAUUAGCAGUUUUACUGAUUCGCAUAUCAACCACUGAACGUUUAAAUGCAUUAGGAUUUGGAAAAAGACUUAUAGAUUUAGUACUGUGCGAUUCAAUUGAAAAUUCUGGACGUAAUCCUUAUCGUGGAAAUGACCUAAGUGAAAAUGAUUUAUUGAAAAAAAACAUUGAAAUAUUAUUAGACUGGACUGUCCCUAAAAUUUAUAUGGAUCGGUUCAGGAGUGAACGACGUACAACUGAAGAAAUUUUAGAGGAACUAACGUCGUGACUUUAGUAUAUUAAUUAACAUGCCUAUCACUUGUAAGCUUUACUAUAAUUUAAUAUAUAUAUAUAUAUAUUUUUUUUAUG